AUGGCUCACAAUGGCAUGCACUCGGCAGCAAGCUCAAACAUAGGAAAUUGCAACCAAUUUCUAAGUUGUGUUGGGAACAUCAAUAAUCAACGUCCCAACAUUUCCCACUCGCUUCCCAUAAAGCGGAUUCAUGACAACUAUCUAUCAUGGAGGGUGCAGAUGACCCCAGUUCUCAGAACCCACAAACUACUCGGUCUCGUAGAAGGAACGAUGCAAGCUCCUCCAACCCAUAUCGAUGGUCUUGAUGGACAGAGAGUGAUAAAUCCAGAAUAUGAUAACUGGGUGCAGCUGGAUCAACUUGUUCUCGGGUGGAUUAUUUCAUCUCUCACUGAGAGCAUGGUAAUGGAGGUGAUCGGUCUAACCACAACAACCGAAGUUUGGCAGGCCCUAUCUGCAACUUACUUCACCAAUUCAAGGUCAAGAGCACUUCACCUGAAGCAACAAUUACAGAGCAUCAAUAAAGGUUCAGAGUCAAUAACCGAGUAUGUCAAGAAAGCCAAGGUAAUUUUCGAUAGCCUAGCAGCAAUUUCUGAACAGGUAGGCAAAGAAAAUCUUAUACUCUGUAUUCUUUCUGGAUUGGGGACUGAGUAUGAGUCCAUAGUUAUUAUGAUCACUAAUAGGAUUGAUUUUGAUUUGCUUACAAUUAAUGAUAUAUUGGGACUGCUAUUAAAUCAUGAGGCCUAG